CCCGCUGGCUUUUUUAAGGCUCCAGCAAUGCCUGUGAGAAGACCUCCUUCACCUUCCUGCGGCAGGAGCUGCCCGUCCGCCUCUCCAACAUCAUGAAGGAGAUCAACCUGCUGCCGGACCGGGUCCUCCGCACCCCCUCGGUGCAGCUGGUGCAAAGCUGGUAUGUUCAGAGCCUACUGGACAUCAUGGAGUUCCUCGACAGGGACCCCGAGGACCAGGCCACCCUGGGACAGUUCACGGACGCCCUCGUCACCAUCCGCAACCGGCACAACGACGUGGUGCCCACCAUGGCGCAGGGGGUGAUCGAGUACAAGGAGGCCUAUGGGGACGACCCCGUGUCCAACCAGAACAUCCAGUAUUUCCUCGACCGCUUCUACCUGAGCCGCAUCUCCAUCCGCAUGCUUAUCAACCAGCACACGCUGCUCUUCGACGGCAGCACCAACCCGGCGCACCCCAAGCACAUCGGGAGCAUCGAUCCUCACUGCAGCGUGGCCGACGUGGUGAGAGAUGCCUACAACAUGGCCAAGCUGCUGUGUGACAAGUAUUACAUGUCCUCGCCCGACCUGGAGAUUGAGGAGGUGAACGCAAACAAUUCCCAGCAGCCCAUCAACAUCGUCUACGUCCCAUCACACCUCUACCACAUGCUCUUCGAGCUCUUCAAGAAUGCGAUGCGAGCCACGGUGGAGAGCCACGAGAACAGCCCGCGACUCCCCGCCAUCAAGGUGAUGGUGGCCCUGGGCCAGGAAGACCUCUCCAUCAAGAUGAGCGACCGGGGCAUGGGUGUCCCUCUGCGGAAAAUCGAGCGUCUCUUCAGCUACCUGUACUCCACCGCUCCCACCCCGCAGCUGGGCACAGGGGGUGCCCCCUUGGCUGGCUUUGGCUAUGGCUUGCCCAUUUCCCGGCUCUACGCCAAGUAUUUCCAGGGUGAUCUGCAACUCUUCUCCAUGGAGGGCUUCGGUACAGACGCUGUCAUCUACCUAAAGGCCCUGUCCACGGAUUCGGUGGAGCGAUUGCCCGUCUACAACAAGUCGGCCUGGCGGCACUACCAGGCCAGCCAGGAGGCCGGGGACUGGUGCGUGCCCAGCACCGAACCCAAGAACACGUCCACCUACCGCGUGCCGUAGGCCAGGGCCGCGGGGAAGAGACGCGGAUCCAGCCGUGGGUUUAAGCUUCCUUCGCAGGCUGUAGCUAGCCCCUACCCAGGGCGCUGGGGGGCUGCGGGCCCCCCCACCCCGGUGCCUCCCUGGUGCAUCCGGGGUGGGGGAGUGUUUUACAUGAGCAUCUUUUUAGUA